AUGGGAAUAUUAAAAGGAAAAGAUAUAGCAUUAGAACAUAUUGAAAAAUCGAAAUUGGCUUUUUUAGCAACAUUAUCUGAAGCUGAAAAAGGACCAUCAACACAUUCAAUGCCACCAAUAGAUCAUUUUACAUUAAAAUUUGAUCGAGAUUCAAUUAGAAAUUUAAAAGGACGUGUUUAUGAAAAUAUGAAACAAUAUACAUAUGAACAACGAGGUGAAUCGAUCCCGGUAUUUGUUGAUGAUAAAGAAACAACUGAAGAUCGUACAGGUGCUCUUCUUAAUCCAAUAAAACCUGAACUUCCAACGGUUGGUCGUCGGUAUGUUGCUUGUGUUUAUGAUGAUCUGAAAGUAAUUGAUUGUCUUAUUGAUAUUGAUUGGAGUGAAGUUGAUGAAUUAAUCAAAAUAGCAAAUUCAAGACGAAAAUCAAUCGUUUAA